CAGCAGUUAAUUCACUUGUUCUGAAGUCUUGUGGCACUACUGCACGACUGUACUCCUAACUAUAUUUGUGGCGGCAAAUUUUCUCUAUUGAUCGACAGUACUGUGAAGAGGUAGCAGGAGUAGGAGUCCAAUAGACGUAGAUCGGGACCCGUCAUGCCGCCCAAGAAGGCUAAAGAAGAGCCCAAAGAACGACCUAUCCUUGGAAGAUUCAGAACCAACUUGAAGAUUGGUAUCGUUGGACUUCCCAAUGUUGGGAAGAGCACACUCUUCAAUACCUUGACGAAAAUGGGCAUCCCAGCAGAGAACUUCCCUUUCUGCACCAUCGAGCCCAACAACGCUCGAGUCAACGUUCCUGAUGACCGCUUCAAGUGGCUUUGCAAUCUCUACAAGCCCAAGAGCGAGGUCCCUGCAUUCCUUGAGAUUGUGGACAUUGCUGGGCUUGUCAGGGGAGCGGCGGAUGGUGAGGGGUUGGGAAACAGUUUCCUGUCCCACAUUGCAGCAGUGGACGGCAUUUUUCAUGUGUGCCGAGCCUUUGAAGAUGCGGAUGUGGUGCACGUGGAAGACAGAGUGGACCCAGUGGCAGAUCUAGAGAUCAUCCAUGGGGAGCUCAGAGCGAAGGAUCUGGAGCGACUCAACACCUUUAUAGAUGAUCUGAAGGCCAAGGAGAAGCGGGGCCUUACCAAGGACCAGAAGGAGGACCUGGCCGCAGCCCAAAAGGUCAAAGACUUUGUUGAAACGGGUGUCGAUGUCAGGUUUGGCGAGUGGAAUUUGAAGGAGGUGGACUUUCUGAACACAGUGCAGCUCAUCACAGCCAAGCCUGUGGUGUACCUGGUGAACCUGACUGAGAAGGCCUACAUCAAGAAGAAGUCCAAGUGGCUGCCAAAGAUCUUUGAGUGGGUGAAGGAGCACGGCGGCGAGCCCAUCAUCCCCUUCAGCGGCGUGCUGGAGUCAAAGCUGUUUGACAUGCCCGAUGACGAGAAGGCCACCUACCUCAAAGAGAAUGAGGCCAUGUGUGCCCUGCCGAAGAUCAUCACCACCGGCUUUAAGAGCAUCCAGCUCAUCUACUUCUUCACCGCUGGCGAGGACGAGGUGAAGUGCUGGCAGAUCCGCAAGGGCACCAAGGCACCCCAGGCGGCUGGAGCCAUCCACACGGACUUUGAGCGCGGCUUCAUCUGCGCGGAGGUCAUGCACUACGACGAGCUGCAUGAGCUGGGCACUGAGUCUGCAGCGAGGGCUGCCGGCAAGUACAGGCAGGAGGGCAAGAACUAUGUGGUGUUGGACGGGGAUGUCAUCUACUUCAAAUUCAAUGUGACAGCCUCUGGCAAGAAGUGAGAUCUGCCUGGCCAAAAGUGCCUGCAGCGGCAGGAGUGCCUACUUCCUGCUGUGCUGAUGGCAUGGAGCGGUAUUAAAUCAUGUGAUUUUCCAGUUUUUGCAGACAUAGCAGUCACAGCAUCUUUCGGUUGUUGGGGAAAUGUACUGGCAUGUAAGCAAGGGGAAGGCGGUAUGGCAAGUUCAAUAGAGCUACGGUAUGCAUUCAUGAAAUCAUUUCUUGUUUGAGCGGGCACUGCCUGUAAGGCAUACUGGCC